CACGUAAAUAGCUAGUUUCGGAUACAAAUUAGAGAUAGCGCUUCGAAAUUAGUUUCCUUAAAAUGCUUCAAGAGGGCUCCCUUUUCUUUCCUAUAUACUUACUUUACUCUUUUGGUUACUAACAAUUUUUUUUUUAACAUUGAACGCAAUAUUUAUAAACGCUACCUAUAUUAUUCUCAAUUACAAAAAUAAGAUUUUUGAUUGGACUCUUAAAAAUCAACCAAUCCCGUAAAGGCGCUGUGAAUAUGUUUGUAAUUGAGAACAACAGCGACUUGUCAAACACUACCGAUUAUCGUAAACUGGUUUCUAAGUAGAAAUUUCGCUUAUAAUUUCGGCUAUCAAUAAAUUAAGUACAUUAUAAAAAUGUCGGAAAAUGGCCUCGACGAUGCGUAAGAAAACUCAAGUAUCUUUCGUAAUCCGCGACGAAGAAGAACGUCGUCAUAAAAAUGGCGUUAGUUCGUUGCAGUUGGACCCUGUACAAGGCAGGCUAUACUCUGCAGGCCGAGAUGGAAUUAUUAGAGUAUGGAACACGGCUACGGGAAUACAGGAUAGAUAUAUUCAAAGUAUGGAACACCACACAGAUUGGGUGAACGACAUAGUUCUGUGCUGCGGCGGCAAAAACCUUAUAAGUGCAUCUUCUGACACCACCGUGAAAGUAUGGAACGCGCCGAAAGGAUUUUGCAUGUCUACUUUACGUACUCACAAAGAUUACGUACGCACACUAGCUUACGCUAAGGAGAAAGAACAAGUAGCCAGCGCCGGCUUGGACCGCGCUAUAUUCCUCUGGGAUGUGAAUACAUUGACAGCAUUGACUGCAAGCAACAACACAGUAACAACCUCUAGUCUCGUCGGUAAUAAGGAAUCUAUAUACAGUCUAGCUAUGAAUCCACCUGGCACAGUUUUAGUAAGCGGAUCAACUGAGAAAGUACUCAGAGUUUGGGACCCAAGAAACUGUGCAAGGCUUAUGAAGCUAAAGGGACAUUCAGACAAUGUUAAAGCACUGGUUGUGAGCAGAGAUGGUCAGCAGUGUGUAUCAGGCAGCUCUGAUGGUACAAUAAAAUUAUGGUCCUUAGGGCAACAGAGGUGUGUGUCUACAAUCAGAGUUCAUACGGAAGCAGUUUGGGCACUUCUGGCUACAGAAAACUUCACACAUAUUAUCUCAGGAGGUCGAGACAAACUAGUCAUUAUUACAGAACUGCGGAAUCCUGAUAAUUCAAUAAUAGUCUGUGAAGAAACUGCACCUAUUCUAAAAUUGUGUUUCACUGCUGACCAGCAAGGUGUUUGGGUGUCUACGUCAGAAUCUGACAUUCGUUGUUGGAAGCUGCCACCAUUAUCUAAUAUAAACUCGGAUAUGUAUAAUCAGAACAAUUAUAACCCUAACAAUGUAUAUCAGACUCAGCCUACGACUAGUAUACCUGGAGGACCAGCGAUAAGACACUAUAAAGUACUAAAUGACAAACGCCACAUAUUAACAAAAGACACAGCUAACAAUGUUGCUCUGUAUGAUGUUUUAAAAGCAUGUAAGCUUGAAGAUUUGGGUGAAGUAGAUUUUGAAGAAGAAGUGAAAAAACGUUUCAAAAUGGUUUAUGUCCCAAACUGGUUUAAUGUUGAUUUGAAGACUGGUAUGUUAACUAUUCAUUUAGGACAAGAUGAGACAGACUGCCUCAGUGCUUGGGUGAGUGCAAAGGAGGCUGGACUGACAACAGAAUUGGACCAGAAAGUUAAUUUUGGUGCGUUGCUAUUACAAGCUUUGUUGGAGCACUGGAAUCAUCAGAGCAGGGUGUCUGACGCUGGACAGAAAGUGGUUGGGAACAAUUUUUUCAGUGUGCCGCUGCACACACCAUUAAUAUUUAGUGAAGUUGGUGGCAGAACACUUUAUAGGCUACAGGUUGGUGAUGCAGGUGGUGAGACGGAAGGCAACCUACUAAAUGAGACUGUGCCAGUGUGGGUGGUGGAUGUAGCCAUAGAGAUGGCUGCUCCGAAGCUAAACAAGCUGCCUUUCUACCUGCUGCCUCAUGCUAGCUGUCAGACCAAGCAGGACCGACAGAAAAAGGACCGAUUGGUAGCUAAUGACUUCAUCCAAUGCCGGAAAGUAGCGGAGCACGUGGUUGAAAAGAUCGUCGGCGGCGGCGACGGCGGCUCCCCGCGCGCCGCGCCCGAGCCCGCGCCGGAGCCCCAAGAUCGAGUAGAGUUGCUUUGUGCAGACCAGGUACUGGAUCCGAAUAUGGACUUACGAACAGUGAGACACUUCAUAUGGAAAUCCAACGUGGAAUUCACCCUGCACUACCGAGUUUUGAAGCAAUGAUUCAGCAACUCCAGUGCUAGUCCAGUGAUAUAAUGAUAUGUAAUGUAAGCAUCGACAUGAGCUGCAGUCUUGCAAAUAUUUGACCGUCAGUGUUAUUUGACUUAUCUUAAUGACGCUCGAGACAUGGCGACCACUUAAACAGGGUGUUUGUUCUACCCUUAGUCAUAUUUUGCGAGCAAGUUUUACUCUAGGACCAAACCCGAAAUCGUGAAAUAAAAUAUAUGAAAAAUCAUAUAUUUUGACUUUUGUCGAUGUUUUCUUCGAGACAGACCUUUUUUUUGCCAUUUCGGAGUUGAUCCCAAGUUGCUCAGUAUAACCUAUAUAUUCACCAUAAAAAUAUGUCUAAGGGUGCAAAAACACUGACGUAAUUGUAGUUUUAAUAUUCAAAAUGCAUAGAAAACUAAAAUUGAUUGUGCCAGCAGUGUUAAUCGUGUUGUGGCUGUUUUCAUAUCAUGAAGGGCUUACAGAGAAAGCCCUAUUUUGUUCCUACUCAGCGCUAGAGUGCUAGCCCAACUUGACUGAUCUUGACUCUUUUAUGAAUAUUUAGUUGAAGAUUUAUAUCAACUAAUUUAAAAGUUUAAUAUCCAUCUUUGUAUUUAUACAUCCGUGUGAUUUGUCUUUGACUACACUGAGGACUUCUAGAGAUGUAGUGAACAAUCCUUUCCCGUCGUAUUUUCUCGGAAACGUUCGUAUUUGUCGUCCUACUUCAGUGAACCUCGGUACUUUUUUUUUAUUAAGAAAAGGUAAGUAUUUGACCACAAUCUCACCUGAUGGUAAGUGCCGAUGCAAUCUAGGAUGGAACAUGCUUACCUAAAAGAUGACACAGACUGAACUGUAGCAUAACACGUUCGUGCGUUUCCGUGAAAAUACGCUGGUAAAAUAUUUUGUCUAUACGUAUAUCUUAAAUCCUCUGUGAUGUUUUCAAAAGCCACAAAUAAUUAUUUACGAGUAAGAUAAACUGUUUUGUUACAACAAAUUUCAUAUCUUAUGGAAAUUGUAUUAUUGUUUUAUUACUCUUUACUAUAUCAAAAUCAAUUUGCUAAUGAUAUUCAAAUUUCGUACAUGUCUGAAAAAAAAAACUGGCCUAUAUUCUAAUAUCAGUCGACAUGAAGUUUUAUUCGAAAUGAAAUAAUUUUGCAGACAAUUUUGACAAAUCUCGCAUGUUCGUUGCUUUCGAAGGAUAAGUAUGUCAAUCGGCCCCAGAUCCUAGUUUGUCUCUAAAAAAAAACUAUGGAUACGUGCAAAAAGAAGGCUUCAUUUACCGCCGUUUGACGUACAGUUUAUCUUUUAAUUAGUUUGUAAGUCUACGAGCACACUUAAAACUUACAACGUAACUUGACAUUGGCAAAAUCAUCAAAGAUUUUUGAUGGAAGCCAUAUUUUAAAAGAAGAAGUAUACAAUUGAUUUGUUUUACUGUUUUAAACUAAAUGAGCGAUAAAGAUAUUUCGGAGACGCUACCUCAUAUUCGCGACUGUCGCCAGAGAGUAACGAUGCCCCAAUGCCGGCUUUAACACGUGGGUAGUGAAUACAUCAUAGAGUUUAUAAUACAAGUGUAGAUAAAAUAGUGUGUGUAACUGUACAUAAUUAGGCAUGGCAUAAAACACUCGUGUGGUCCUUUUAAGAAACUCACUACGUUCGUUUCUUACAUUUACACUCGUAUUUUAAUGCCUUUCAUUGUGUAGCCGUCACCUAAACAGCUAAUCCACUACACCUGUAACAAAUAUGAUUGCUGGAAAGAGAGACAAAGAGCAAACUUGUAGCUUUAUAAAACGUGAUCCAGAACAGAAUUCAAACAUUUGAUUACCAACUUUUAAUUUCAGUAAUUUGGUCGGUGUAUUAAAACGGGGUGGCUUUGAAAUGCAGGGGCGACUUUGAAAGAUUACUUUUUAAGCCCUACUAUAUUUUUUGUGGGACUUUUUAAAGUACUUAAAUUAAUUAGUAUUUUAUACAAUCGUAAUAUAAUAGAGCGCUUUUCAAUCGAGUCCCGUGUUUAGGCAACGAAGCUAAGUAAGGUACGAGAUUGAAAAGCUUGAUUAUAUCUCUAUUGUAUAUACAAUACUUUUUCUACGAAUCAUCUAAAAUAAUACUUUUUUUUCUACUGGUUGACUGUAAUUAUAGAAUUAAGAUUAACAAUUUCGUAUACCAAACUAUAAUUGCGUACUUUUCGGAUAAUGGGCUCCCAAUCCCAUCUCAACUAUAAUAUUCAUUCUAUGGGAGCGCGGCGGCACGUGAUGAUUUGGUAUACGAAAUGUUAAUUGAACUAUUACAGUCGACGAGUAUAAAAAUGAAUUUAUAGUAAUCUAAUACAUAGUUACAUGAACAAUUCCGAGUAAAUAAUGAAUAAUGCUAAUGAUGUCGACGUUUUAAAACGAUCAAAGUAGCCCCAAAUUUUUAUUAAGUCACCCCAUUUUACGGUAUUUCAGAAUAAAUUUAUAUUUAAGACAAUAAGUAACAAUUUAUCACAUUGUACUAUAACUUAAUAAUAUCAUCCCCAAUGAUCACCAAAAAUAAACAAAAGGCCUAACAGCCAACCGUCAGAACAAAGUAAAGGCAGCUUUAUUAGUAAGCAAGUAAGUAAGCUCAAAUAACUUGUAUGUAUAAUUGUGGUAUUAAGACAUGUGAAACUAUGUUUCUGACGUUCUCAAGCACCUUUUUUGGUUGUCAAUAACGCACUACUUUAAAAAAGGUGUAGUGUUUUAUUGCCUAUUGACAGCAGACGAAAAACGGCAGAUUUUUCUGUAAGUUUAUUACUUAUAGUCAAGUGUUUUAGUGCGGUCCUAUUUGCCGACGAUUUAGCUGUUAUCACGUUACGAGAAGAUGAAUUAUUCUUACUCGUACUCGUAAAUAUGCUUGGGAAUAUGAUGUAUAUACUUGGAAUUGACUGGCAUUUCAUAUUAACUGGGUGGGUUUAUAUCAUUAAUGGAAUUUUUAGACGCCAAUCCCCUUGUAGCUACAUUUUUGUAAUCCAUACCUAAACGAAAAUAUAACAAAAUGUUGUUUCACUUAUACCUUGUAUGGGAGUUGCAGCUGUUUAAUAAAAAGAGUAUUUGUCUGUGAUCA